GGAGCGGCCGGCGUCCCAGUUCGUGUGCGUUGGGCGCUACCGCGAGGCGGGGAAACGAAAGGACAGCGGCUGUGCGGGUUUUAGGGCGGCGGCUGCCACAGCAGCAGCGCCCCGGGCGGAGAGGGCCUUGGCGGCCGAGCAAGCUGGGGAUGGGGAGGACCGGGUGCCGCACCUCUUUCGGGUGCGUGUGCGACUCCGGAGUCGCACAGUGACGGCGACGGCGCCCCUGGCCCGGCAUCGCCGAGGCCGCUUCGCCAAAGAGCUCGCGGCGGGCCGGGCCACGAGGAGCGUCCGGGGCCGGGCCAGGCCUCGCUGACCUCGGCUCCGCGCGGCGGCCUCCCCCAUUUCCGCUCCGGCCUUACGGCAUGAGUGUCCGCCCGGGCCUGGGGCCGCGGCUGCCCCAGUCCCGCUGCCCGCGGGCGCGCUUGGGGUUCGCGAGCCCGCGGUGCUGAUCCCGGCUCGUCGCGCCGCCUGCCCUCCCGCUGUAUGCCCCCCGGGCGCGGCCAUGGAGGUGGUGGGCGACUUCGAGUACAGCAAGAGGGACCUCGUGGGACACGGGGCCUUCGCCGUGGUUUUCCGGGGGCGGCACCGCCAGAAAACUGAUUGGGAGGUAGCUAUUAAAAGUAUUAAUAAAAAGAACUUGUCAAAAUCACAAAUACUGCUUGGAAAGGAAAUUAAAAUCUUAAAGGAACUUCAGCACGAAAAUAUUGUAGCACUCUAUGAUGUUCAGGAAUUGCCGAACUCUGUCUUUCUGGUGAUGGAGUAUUGCAAUGGUGGAGACCUGGCAGAUUAUUUGCAAGCUAAAGGAACUCUCAGUGAAGAUACUAUCAGAGUGUUUCUACAUCAGAUUGCAGCUGCCAUGCGAAUYCUGCACAGCAAAGGAAUAAUCCACAGGGAUCUCAAACCGCAGAACAUUUUGUUGUCUUACGCCAAUCGCAGAAAGUCAAGUGUCAGUGGUAUUCGCAUCAAAAUAGCGGAUUUUGGUUUUGCUCGUUACCUACACAGUAAUAUGAUGGCUGCAACGCUGUGUGGAUCCCCAAUGUACAUGGCUCCUGAAGUUAUUAUGUCUCAACAUUAUGAUGCUAAGGCAGACUUGUGGAGCAUAGGAACAGUGAUAUAUCAAUGCCUAGUUGGAAAACCACCUUUUCAGGCCAAUAGUCCUCAAGACCUAAGGAUGUUUUAUGAAAAAAACAGGAGCUUAAUGCCUAGUAUUCCUAGAGAAACAUCACCUUAUUUGGCUAGUCUCCUUUUGGGUUUGCUUCAGAGAAACCAAAAAGACAGAAUGGAUUUUGAAGCAUUUUUUAGCCAUCCUUUUCUAGAGCAGGUUCCAGUAAAAAAAUCUUGCCCAGUCCCAGUGCCUGUGUAUGCUGGUUCUGUCCCUGGAAACUCCUGUGGCAGCUCUCCRUCUUGUCGCUUUGCUUCUCCACCAUCCCUUCCAGAUAUGCAGCAUAUUCAGGAAGAAAACUUAUCCUCCCCACCAUUGGGUCCUCCYAACUAUCUACAAGUGUCUAAAGAUUCUGCCAGUACUAGUAGCAAGAACUCUUCUUGUGACACCGAUGACUUUGUUUUGGUACCACACAACAUCUCGUCAGACCACUCAUAUGACAUGCCAAUGGGAACUACUGGCAGACGUGCUUCAAAUGAGUUCUUGGUGUGUGGAGGGCAGUGUCAACCAACCGUGUCACCUCACAGUGAAACAGCCCCAAUUCCAGUUCCUACUCAAAUAAGGAAUUAUCAACGCAUUGAACAGAAUCUUACAUCUACUGCCAGCUCUGGCACAAAUCCGCAUGGUUCUCCAAGAUCUGCUGUGGUACGAAGGUCUAACACCAGCCCCAUGGGCUUCCUCCGGUUGGGAUCUGGCUCCUCUGCACCAGCAGACACAGCUCAGACAGUUGGACGAAGACUGUCUAUUGGGUCUUCUAGGCCUUAUUCACCUUCCCCUUUGGUUGGUACCAUUCCUGAGCAGUUUAGUCAGUGCUGUUGUGGACAUUCUCAGGGCCAUGAAUCCAGAAGUAGAAACUCUUCAGGUUCUCCAGUACCACAGGCUCAGUCACCACAGUCUCUCUUAUUGGGUGCUAGACUGCAGAGCGCCCCUACCCUUACUGACAUCUAUCAGAACAAACAGAAGCUAAGAAAACAGCACUCUGACCCUGUGUGCCCAUCCCAUACUGGGGCUGGAUACAACUACUCACCUCAGCCCAGUCGGCCUGGCAGCCUUGGAACAUCUCCCACCAAGCAUAUGGGAUCUUCUCCACGGAGUUCUGAUUGGUUCUUUAAAACUCCUUUACCAACAAUCAUUGGUUCUCCUACUAAGACCACAGCUCCUUUCAAAAUCCCUAAAACACAAGCGUCUUCCAACCUGUUAGCCUUGGUUACUCGUCAUGGGCCUGCUGAAGGGCAGUCCAAAGAUGGGAAUGACCCACGGGAAUGUUCCCAUUGCCUUUUGGUACAAGGAAGUGAGAGGCAUCGAUUUGAACAACAGAACAAAGCAGUGUUUGGCAGAUCUGUCAGUACUGGGAAGUUAUCAGAUCAACAAGUAAAGGCGUCUUUAGGUGGACACCAGGGCAGCACUGAUAGUUUAAAUACAGAACGGCCUAUGGAUAUAGCUCCUGCAGGAGCCUGUGGUGUUGUACUGGCACCACCCGCAGGAACCGCUACAAAUUCUAGGGCUGUCCUCUUCACUGUGGGGUCUCCUCCACACAGCGCCACAGGCCCCACUUGUACCCAUAUGGUCCUACGAACAAGAACCACCUCAGUGGGGUCCAGCAGCUCAGGAGGCUCUCUGUGCUCUGCAAGUGGCCGUGUGUGUGUGGGCUCCCCACCUGGCCCGGGCUUGGGCUCUUCCCCACCGGGAGCAGAGGCAGCUCCCAGCCUGAGAUAUGUGCCUUAUGGUGCUUCACCCCCCAGCCUAGAGGGGCUUAUCACUUUUGAAGCCCCCGAACUGCCAGAGGAGACACUGAUGGAGCGAGAACACACAGAUACCUUACGCCAUCUGAAUGUGAUGCUGAUGUUCACGGAGUGUGUGCUGGACCUAACAGCUGUGAGGGGGGGGAACCCUGAGCUGUGCACAUCUGCAGUGUCCUUGUACCAGAUUCAAGAGAGUGUGGUUGUGGACCAGAUCAGCCAGUUGAGUAAAGACUGGGGGCGGGUAGAACAGCUGGUGUUAUACAUGAAAGCAGCACAGCUGCUUGCAGCUUCCCUGCAUCUUGCCAAAGCUCAGAUCAAGUCCGGGAAGCUGAGCCCAUCCUCAGCCGUGAAACAAGUUGUCAAAAAUCUGAACGAUCGGUAUAAACUCUGCAUCACCAUGUGCAAAAAACUCACAGAAAAGCUGACUCGCUUCUUCUCUGACAAACAGAGAUUUAUUGAUGAAAUCAACAGUGUAACUGCAGAGAAACUCAUCUAUAAUUGUGCUGUGGAAAUGGUUCAGUCUGCAGCCCUGGAUGAGAUGUUUCAGCAGACUGAAGAUAUUGUUUAUCGUUACCAUAAGGCAGCCCUUCUCUUGGAAGGCCUAACCAAGAUUCUACAAGACCCUGCAGAUAUUGAAAAUGUACAUAAAUAUAAAUCUAGUAUUGAAAGAAGAUUGUCAGCACUCUGCUGUAGCACUGCGACUGUGUGAGAAGCAGGCAUGUCCAUGGACCGGCGUGGGAGCAUGAGGUGAUACAUUUGAGAUUACAGCUUGGUUCUGUCACCCAUCCCCAGGAAACUAGUUUAACUGGUGACUACCAAAGAACAAGCAGCAAUUUCAAAAAGGAAAAACAAUCCAAAAACUAYRUUUGUAGAAAAUCUGCCUUACUGGARAAGAUACUCCCUUUUCCCUUUUUCUUUGUAGAARCAGAARCAAGAGUAUUCCAGUUUGCUCCCUGUUUGAACUUGGUAAAUAAACAUACCUUAGAACUAGAAUUAUCAUUUAUUCUUAUGGAUAAUUAAACAUGAAAUAAGGCAAGUGGCACUUCACUCRGUUCAUAGAGCAAUGUAUGAAAUGCCAUGUGUUUGCUGAGGUGUACACAAGCAAGAAUAUACACCUCGUCAGACAGUUUGAUGUUUGGGGUGAGUUUGUCUGAACCUGAGCAUGCAUCUUUCAACAGCUCAGGAAGAAAUAGUUUAAGAAGAAGCAAAAGAUGGCUCUUGGAAGAAAUUUUGAAAUCUUCAAUUUGAUCUAGUAUGGACAUWCGUUAAUUCUUCCAAAAUCUUUCAUAUUGCACUAAUUUAUUAAAACAACUGUGUAUUGGAUUUUGCAAUUUAA